AGUCGCGACGACGCCGGCCAGGAUCUCGUCAUGCGCUCUACUCCGCUCGGUCCCAAGUCGCUCUGUCCGGAUUACUACGUCGCUCGUCGUGCCGCCAAUGUUUGAGUCGUCUUGACGGCGGAUAGUCGUUUUUUUUUUGUGGAAAAGGUCGGCUCCGGCCGGGGUCGGGCUGCGAGGACAGAUGCGUCGUCGGCCUCGUUCAGCGCUCAUGAACGCUUCCUGCGCUUUCGCCUGGCUGCUGGGCUGGACUCUGGCCACCGGCGUGGACGCUGGACUCAUGCGUCGGCCGCGGAGAGAAGACGCGUCCGGCGGCGAGCUGACGGCCGACGUGAUCUCGUCCGUGGGCCAGGAAGGGGGCCAGGCGGAGCUCCCAUGCAGCUCCCUGCGGACGACCUCCGGAGGCGGCGACGUGCCGCUUCCGCUGCGCGUAGACUGGCGGCGGCAGGGGGAUCCGAACCCGGAGCCCGUCUACUCGGUGCGCUUUCCAGGCCGGGCCAACAUGAUGCAGGGCAGGCAUCAGCCGCGCCACGAUUGGGCACCUAGGGCCUACUUCUCGCUCCUGGGCUCGCCCGCCGCCCUCAAGGUGAAGACGCUGGCCCUCGUCGACUCCGGCGUCUAUCUGUGCCAAGUCACGCGCUCCGAUGGGUCCGUCGUCUCAUCUGCCGUCCGACUUUCCGUGCUCGGCCCUUUGGAACCUCCGGUGAUUCGGGAUGACGCUGGUGCCGUCCUGAACGAGACGGCGGGGCCAUACGCUGAGGGCGACAUUGCCACGCUCGUCUGCCAGGUCAAGGCAGCGGGAAGUCCUGCUCCCGAGGUACAGUGGCUGAGGCGAGCCUGGCGUCCGAAUACUCCCGAGGAGCCCGGCAUCGGAGGAGCCGAAGCCGUGUCGGGCAACGCCGUUACGACGGUCAGUUCGGCCCUGGACGACACGCAGGGCUCCGUCUUGGUGCUGAGUCGGUUGCGCCUGGGACCCCUGUCUCGCGAGGACCUGCACUCGAGGCUCUUCUGCCAGGUGGACAACGGCGUGGCGGCGCCUGUCAGAACGGCCGUCCGGUUGGACAUGAACCUGGCUCCGCUGACGGCGCGCAUCCUGCGUGCCUCGGGCGGUGCCCUGACGGCGGGUCUUCCGGUCGAGCUCGUCUGCGAGUCCCAGGGUUCGAGGCCUCCCGCCCAGCUCACCUGGUACAAGCGGGGCCUCGAGGUGGCCCAGAGUUUCGGCCACGCGUCCGCCGAUGGCAACGUGUCCACCUCGGUGGUCACCUUUACCCCCUCAUCCAAGGACCACGGUCAGAACCUUCGCUGCGUCGCCAGGAACCCAGCGUUGCCGCCGACGGCUCGAGCACCGUUCGACCGCUGGGUCAUGAACGUCUACUACAAACCGGAAGUGACGCUGAAGCUGGGCUCCCCCUUCCGGGACGGCCGCAUCCACGAAGGCAACGACGUGUACUUCGAGUGCGCCGUGAACGCCAACCCGGCCGCCAGCGAGGUGCACUGGUCCAAGGACGGCGUCGUAGACUUCGCCACCAGGACGAGCAACGGCUCCGCACUGGCCGACGUCAUCGUUUCCGGACGCUUCCUGGCGCUGCAGAAGGCACGCAGGACUUUCUCGGGGCAGUACGCGUGCACCGCCACCAACUCCGAAGGCUCCGCCAUGAGCAACUCCAUCCGACUCAAGGUCCAACACGCUCCGGCCUGCAUCGACGGCGUUCCGGUGGUGUUCUCGGCGUCGCGCCACGAGCCCGUGCGCCUGACGUGCCGGGUGGCCGCGGCGCCCGGCGGCGUCACCUUCCGCUGGCUCUUCAGCAGCAGCAACCGCAAGGUGGAGCUCACGGAGUUCGUGGUCCUGGCCAGGGGCUCGGAGGGCGGCGCCGAGGACGACGACGAGGCCAUGCCGACCGCCACUUCGGUGCUCGAGUACACGCCCCAGUUCCAGAGCGACUUCGGCACGCUGCUGUGCGCCGCCGAGAACGCCAUGGGCGUGCAGAAGGACCCGUGCACCUUUCACAUCGUGCAGGCCGGGCCACCGGAGCCCCUCGAGAACUGCAGCGUGAGCAACCUGACCGAGCGCGGAUUCUGGGUGGAAUGUCGCGAGGAGCGGCCGUCAGCCGGCGGCGUCUCCGUCGCCACGGCGGUUCCCGGGUCCGCAGUGGCCGCGGCCCAACGUCCCUCGCUCUGGAGUCGCGGUCAGGAGCCUCUGGUCUACCUGCUCGAGGUGUACGGACCGCCCGAAGAGAGCUCGCCCAUGCGCGGAGUGUCGGCCUCGCAGCAUCAGGUGCUGCUGUUGAACGUGAGUGGACCGGAGCCCCGGUUUCGCGUCGGUCAACUUUGGCCGGGCACCGAGUUCGAGGCCCGGGUGUUCGCUGCCAACGCCAAGGGCCGCAGCCGACCCUUCCGACUCAGCGCUUGCACACUGUCGUCCGCCGAGGCCCUCCUCGACAAAGUUCCCACCUGGACGCUGGGCUUCUCGCUUCUACACUGGCUUCUGCUCCUGGCAUUCCUUGCUCUGCUCACUGCCGCCAUCAUCGCUCUCAUGUGGUUCCGUCGGCGAAUGAGGCACAGCGCCUCGCAAGAGAACACUAAGAAGACCCAGAGCGAAGCCGAAGAACCCUGGUGUGGCCAGAUCACCCAGACAGUGCCCGUGAGCCGCAGUGGGAGCAGCAUCAUCGCCACCAAGGACGAAAUUAUGGUUCUCGACAAGAGAAAAGACAAGGUGGAUAUAUGAUGAUUCUACCGCCCCGUGGUGUUUCAACGGCAGGCGCCGACGACGCGACCAAGCCUCCCCUCGUGUCUGCCGAGCGUCCGCCAUAUUGGGACACUUGAAUGACUCAUUGCUAAAGACCUCCCUCCCCGACAAGAUGGCGUGCUCCGCGAGUGCCUCGCUGGGGCACUGUUGUACAGAAGCCGUGCGGCUUGCUCGAACCCGAUGUGGCCCUGACUGUGAUGACGCUCCCGCCACGCUCCCCCCUCAACGUGUUCCGAGCGCAGGCCAAGCUUGUGCCCGGAACCAGCAGAAACAAUCCAUCUGUCUGACUGUCCGAGACACCCCGAAAGAAAUGAAGAAAGGCGUCGAGCUCGCUGCUUCGUCCACGUGUUUCUUUGUUUUUUUGGUUUUGUUUUUCCGCUGAUGGUCGCCCGCUCGUGCACUGGUGGCCUCCAUGGUCGUCCAGGCUGGCCGAGACAGCCUACACAGCGUGUCGUCGCCGCCCCCGAGGAGAGGUGCCAAGGUUGUGUUUUGUGCGAGGGGGAGCGACGCCGUCUCCCGGACCACAGGUGCAUGUCGGACCACGGCAAGGCGGCAGCGCGCGUUCGCUCUUCCCAACCCCCUCAGGACGUGUGGAACACCGGCCCCGGUUCGGGCCACGUUUGAGCUCAAUGAACUCUCGCGGUUGGACUGCUCGAAGCGUGCGAAAUAGCCACUCUUUCUCGUGCACUCGGACUCGGGUGCCGCCACUGUGUACAAAGUCGUUGUUCUCGGUGUCUUUCCUGGGCUUUUUUUCUUUUUUUUUCUUUUUUUUUUAUAUAUACAUAUAUAUAUUUUGGAAGUGUCCUGUUGUCGACGUGAGAGAUCUUUGUGUGUGUGUAUGUGUGUGUGUGUGAGAGAGUGAGUGAUUGUGUAUGCGUAUGUGUGUAUGUGGAUGUGUGUUCUCGUUUUUUGUGAUUCCUUGACGCAAGAUACGCUCCGGACGCAUCUCGCGUUGUGUACAAUAAUGAAAUCAAAACGAUGCUGCUACGGUUUCACAGACAAUGGUGAAAAUGUGCCUUACGCCUUUAUCAUUUUUUUGUUGUUUUGUUUUGUUUCCUCCUUUGUUCCUGCUGUAGUCUAAGAAGUCAGUUUUGAAAACAAAAAAUAAAAAGAAGUGUGUUGAUAUCAAUAAAGUAUACUUUUUCCAGUGA